AAGAUGAACACGUGAUGACAAAAUGCGGACGCUUCUCCUGAUAUACUUCGUGACGUUAGUUCAAAGUGAUAUUAAGGGUGAAGUUAAGUUAAGGCACGCAAGGACCUUGAUAAGGCAUGGCCGGUCGAGGGUGCACUUUGCACGACUUCACACAAGGUCGCGGGACCUUGUUCCUCAAGUUAUAGAAGCUGAAAUUACGAGUGAAUUGGAGAGUAAAGACAAAUCUGGGGAAGAUCCAGUAGUAGCAGCGUUAAGACCCUAUGGUGCUCCUGAUGAAGAUGGGUAUACAACACAGGACGCAUUUCAAAAAUAUUUCGGAAACUAUUCCGUGACUUUCCACCGUGAUCCAACAGACGAUGCACUUUUAGAUCAUCUAAUCAACCUUGAACAUAGUUACGAUAACGAUACGCAAAGAGAAGAUAACACAGUUACCGUAGCAGACAGCAUGACAAAUGAUACAGUAGACAACAUAACAUCAAAGCCGUUCCACGAAGACGUUGUUACAAAAUUCUUGAGAUUAAUUGAAACACAACACUUGAUGGGCGAGAAUUGCACAGCUGGGACACAUUUGAAUUUAGGUGAGGGAGUUGUAGACAGGUACGCUCAAGAGAGGUUUCGAGUUGAAGCAGAUGUCGCUGUUAACAGAGCUAACAUGCUGACGAGAUUAUGGAAAUAUGCGGGGCCAUCUGUCAUGCAUAAUGAAUAUUUGCUGCAUGCGAGCGUUUUCUCCAUGGUUGAGUUCGAUGACAACGUAUUCGGUGCGGGUAACUGCUACGACCAGUAUCAGUACAAGGAUUACCAACUUUUUUGCCCGUUUGCGUAUCGGUUGCCCGAAGGACCAAUAUUGGCUAAGGAUUUGGCGGUGGAAUAUAAAUAUUUGAGCAAUAUGUCGGAGUGGUUCUACAUUGCACGGAAGAAUGCUGAGCGCGUGAUCCGAAAUCACAAUCAGUUCAAACGUGGCUACAAUACAUACACAUUCAACGACACAACACACACAGAACGCGAGGAAGACGAAAUUCUUGCUGUUACGUAUGAAGAUGGCAAGUGGUCGAAGCCGUACUAUGACUGUGGUGGCGGUAACAUAUGGAUGUUGACAUACACGGUACCUUUCUUUGGAUACAACAACGGCACUUAUUUUUUUAAAGGUACGAGUGGAAUUGACAUAGAUUUGCGACGCGUGGAUAUUGACCAGUGUCCUCUGAAGCCUGGCUCCAAGCAGCUGAAUAUCUUUGCUGGUACUGAUAAGUGCAAGAAGAAAACCACUGAGUGUGUGCCAGUCCCAGGUUUGGGCUUUCGUCGCGGCUCGUAUCGCUGUGUGUGUCGGCGAGGCUUCUAUUUUCCCAAUACAACUGCUGAAAAUCGCUACUACAAUGGAAGUGUGAUUGAAGAGGAAUACGAGAAACAUUUACAGCAGUAUCAGAGCCUCUACGGCCAUCAGUCCGCCUUUCAUUGCGUGCCCUGCGCUGAAGGCUGCGAAGCCUGUGUCGACGGUUCACCAUGUGUGGCGGCCCUUAAUUGGGUCGCUAGGACAACGAUUUUCACACUCGCCUGUCUUGUGAUAUCAUGUCUGCCUUUUAUUGUCUGGUUCACGAUUAAGUACGGACAUGUUCGGGUAGUCAGAGCAGCGAGCCCAGCACUUCUCAGGGUGAUCGUAUUGGGAGCUCUGUUGAUCUAUUGCACGACAUUGGUGAUGUAUGGAAGACCUACGCUUUUCACUUGCACUGCCAGGGUUUGGCUCCGGGAGGUUGGCUUCUGUUUGACAUAUGGCGCCUUGAUGCUGAAGACUUGGAGGAUCUCAGUAAUUUUUCAAGUUCGAUCAGCGAAGGCCGUGAAGAUAUCCGACAUGUAUCUAUUACGUCGAAUUGGCGUGAUUGUGGGUGUAGCCUGCGUGUUACUGUCUAUACGUACACUCGUAGCGCCACCUGCAGUCAUUGUGGGAAGGACGAAAGACGACCUAAAAGCGUAUCUAUGCAAUACUGACUGGUGGGACCACUCAUUUACGACAUUGGAAGUGAUUUUCCUGGUAUGGGGUAUCCGUUUGUGUAUAAUGGUCCGGAAAGCGCCUUCCGAGUUCAACGAAAGCCGGUUCAUCUCUAUGGCGAUAUACAACGAGUUCCUGCUCUCUGUCUUCCUCAAUAUAUCAAUGCUGUUCCUCCAAUCUCCCGCUAACCCUGAUUUGCUAUACAUAAUUUUCUUCUGCCACACCCAACUGACUGUCACCUUGCUGUUGUGUUUCAUCUUUGGUAGUAAGGCUUACAUGGUCUUCAAGGGGCAGGGUAAAGAUGAGAGGGAGAAAACGGGAAAGUUUAGAUCCAAGCCUGCCGAGUCAACAUAUACUAUGACGACUAACAGGAGUACUCGUUUCUGUGAUAAUAUGACCGAAAGAGAAUUAGAGGAGGAGUUCCAAAAGAUAUGCAAACAGCUAGAGAAACUUAGAGAACGCUGCAUACCAGUCAAUACAAUUCCGAGAAAAAUAACAGCAAUGCUUGAUGCUGCUGCCGUACAUGAACGUAAACCUUGUGGAUCAGACUCCGCACCUCUUAAACUCAACACAGUCUUCAGUGCAGUCGCAGACAAACUUAUGUGUACCGUGACCCCAGCCGAAGAAUCCACUAGCAGUGGUAGAGAUAUGACAUUCGACGCCCCUCCUUCCAAUAAACAAAAAUUCACACCAACAAAGAGCACAGAUAAUAGCAACGCAGAGCAAAGUCAAACGGAUGUGACCACAGAUUCUCCAAAACGCAAAGUAGAUGAUGAAAAAGACGGUGUGUUCAAAAUUUCAGGUGAAGCAAACUGUAGUGAUAUAAGACCACCAGAAGUUAGUAGAAACGGUUAUAAAAGUGACAAAUGUGAGAAAAGUGAUAAAAGUGUAGUGAAACUAAGCUCUGGGCCUGAAGUUAAAGUGAGAUCGGGUCACGCGAGGACUCAUGCGAUUGUUAUUAAUCUAGAUGAUAAGAGCAGGUUUACAGAAGAAGUUACUGUUUGAGGAAAAAUCAAAAUAUCGUUUAUUUACCAAAAUGAGUAUUUGGUGUGUACGAGUUUUAUAAUGUCUGUGUAUAUUUGAUGAAAAUUAAUAAAAAAUGUGUAAACGUUUUGCGUUAACUUUUAAAGUAAUUAUAAUAAAUACUAGACACAGGUAGUGUUAAAUACUUUGUCAAACGCAUGGUAGAGGUAUUAGGAGUAAGGACGAUCAUUGUUUAAUUUAAUUUAAAUGAAAAGUAACUAAUUUGGCGGGCGGGCGAUUCACAUUUAUUAACAGCGCAGAUGUAGCGAAAAUUAAAAUAAAAACAUUCUCUUAAAAUUCUAAAUACAUUUCAUCUUCUUCAUUUCGUCUUGCUUAAUUAAGUAAAAUUAAUUAAAUAAAAAAUAGUGUCAGUAAAUGAAUUGUUCUAGAGAGAUAUUUAUAAUUGAAGUUUUCAAAAAGAACUUUUUUUACAUUCCUAAAGGUGUUAAAAUCGAACACGGUUCGCAAUACAAUAUAUUAUCUUAAAAAACUCUCAAAAUGGUAACUAUGUAUUUGAUGUUGUCAAAAAUACCUAAGUUUGAGAAAUUUAUUUAUUUUAACUAGCUUUAUACAGAUACCGGCAAACAUCUUGAACAUAUGUCCUAGCCUGCGCAGAAGCGAUUUUUAGAUAUCACUGGGAGGGAAGGCCGCGGGGAAUGGUGCGCGGCAGCGGGAGAUUGACGUGUCGAUCGCGUGAUUGGUAAAUGAGUUGAUGCUCGUAUGUGUACGAUGAGCAAACUUUCCCCCACUCCCUUGUUUUAUGCUCAAGAAGUUUGCCGGUAUCUGUAUAGUUUUAUUAUUUAUAUUUCUAGUAUAUAUUAUGCUAGUCUAAACUGUGAUUUUUAAACGUAUAGUUUACAUAUAUGUAUAUUGUACAUAGUUAUAGCUCUAUGCAUAUCAAAUUUAACAUUCCGUUGAAUAUAAUUGUUAUGAAAAUAUUCUGGAAGUGUUUAAAAUUAUAAUACGUUGUUAUAUAUUAUUAAUAUUAAUACGACUUGUAAAUACUUUGAGCGGAGUUUUUAUACUAAUUAAAUUACAAAUAAAUUUUGUUACAUGUUCAGCAAACGCGAAACGUCGUGAGAAAAAUUAGGCAGUAAUAUUAGACUUCAAAAGUUGUUACUAUACUUGAAUUAAAACUAUUUGAUACAAAACUGGCAUGAAGAAAUAUCCAUAUAAUAAAAUAGAGUUACAUCUUUAUGCUUACAUGUUGAAAAUAAUCUUUGAGGCACAAGAAAAUUCGUCUCAGCAGAAUUUAAAAUUUAAUGUCUCUAGUCCACUCCGCCUGGUAUUUAGCAAAUCAGCACCGUUAUAAGUGCCACUUAGUUUGUUCAUCUCUCACAUUUUCCUAAGUGCUAUUUUCCGCGGAAUUCACUGGGGGAAAUCAAAUAUUUAUCAAAGGUAUACGUUUAAUUUCUGUCUUAUACAAAUAGGCUGGAAAAAUACUGUUUUUAAAAUAUUCAAAAUAAGAAUGUGUGCUACUAACAAAAUGGAAGCAUCUAGCAAAAUCGGAUAACCUUUUCAUAUUGUCAACUGUCACUAAAGUCAAUUUUCAAAUUAAAAAUCGAAAGUCGACCAAUUAGUUCGUUACAAUCGCACCAAAGAAUACAUAUAGUAUUCCGAAUUCAGCAUUUUGCAUUCACAAAUGUGAAACAAGAGAAAAAUAGUUUUGGCAUUUAAAAACCCCCUUUAUUGUCUAUUGAAAUCAUCAAUAAAGCGCAAAUUUUGGUUUUU